GAAAAAAAUGUUUGACUGCUGUCAAAAAUAAUUCCGAAAAGAAAAUAUUUUUCUUGCUUGUAUCUAGUUUCCGCAUAAAAAUAAAUUAAUUUUAUUCGAAAUUAUUACAAAAUAUCAUCGCAAAUCUAUUCACAACAUAUGGCUGUGUUUAAAUAAAAUUGAUUUCAAUUAAAAGUCGUGAAAGAUUAAAGAAAAAUCAUACAAAAAAAAAAAAAUAAGAUAAAAUUUUCUAAAUGGAUACUGAAGAUGUAUCCACAAAGCGAGGACGUGGACGCGGUCGUGGUGCCAGAGCUCGUGGACGAGGUCGUGGCCGUGGCCGAGGUCGUGGUAAAAAAGCCGCAGUUGUAGUCUCCUCAGAAGAUGAAGCUACACUUGAUCGUUCAAUGGAAACUGUUACACCAGCAGGAGGAGCAAUAAUUGCUCCUUCUCCUGUCAGUGAUGUUCUGAAAAAAGCCGAAAUUGUCGAGCCGGUAGUGGCAAUGGAAACGGACGAUGCUGGUCCCGUCUCCGCCAUCAAAGAUGUAAAUAAGGAAAACGAACCCGAUGCACAGGUUCCAAUUCCAUCCGGAGACGUCGUUGUACCCGUUGCUGUUGUCGAAGACGUUGUCCAACCUAUGAUUCCACCAACGAUCGAUAUGGAAGCUGAUAUAUCGCAACUAGAAGCUCCAACUUUUACAACCAUUUCUCGUGGACCACCCGAACCGAUGUUGCGUCUAAAAUGGGAUCAUAAAGUCUCGCUAAUUGGAGAAAAAGUCCUCAAUCCCAUGAUUCACUGCUGUGACCAAUGCGACAAGCCAAUUCUGCUCUAUGGCCGGAUGAUUCCGUGCAAACAUAUCUUUUGUCUGAAAUGUGCACGACAUGAGCCUGUUAAAAUUUGUCCGCGUUGCAAGGACAAAGUUGUGCGAGUCGAACAAAGCGGCUUGGGAACAGUCUUCAUGUGCACACACGGCGGCAGUCGCUAUGGCAAUACAGGCUGUCGGCGAACAUAUCUUUCACAGAGAGAUCUACAAGCUCAUAUAAACCAUCGUCAUGUUACACAGCUACUUGGAGCCGAUCCAUUAGCUUUGAAAUCUUUAAACACCAUGGAUGCACUCAAAAAUCUACCUCUUCAGCGCAAGAUAUCCGAAGGUUCUGCCAAUCCACCCGUACCAACGUCAACGAUCCUCUCCAAUCGACCACAAAUUCGACCGACACCAGUUUCAUCAUCCAAUCUCACCCAAGCGAAUAUUGCUCGAAACAACAUGGCCAAUGCUCAGGACUGUCAUAUUGGCAAGAUGUCUUUGCAUCAGACAAUGAAGAAGACUCCCAUUUCACAGGGUCACCAUCAGUUGCCGUCAGAGACGGUAGCUGAUGCUUCAUACUAUAGCAGUGUUUUGAGUACGUAUGGAGCACAAGCGCAGAGCUUUGGUAGUUCGUCACAGAACUAUGGACCAGUUCCAGCACCUGGAGUGCCUCCAGUAUCUGGAGGAGGAGGAUCGGGUGGUGGUGGUGCAGGAGGAGGAGCAGCAGCAGCACAGACUGCAGCCAGUGUUGGAUUCUACAAUUACGGACAGCAAUAUGGCCCACCGCAACAGCAGCCAGCACCAGUGCCACCUUUUGCUCAUGGACAAUUUGAUCAGGGAACGCUGCCAACAAAUAAUCCCACGUCGCAGGCCUGGAAUCAGCAGCAAUACUACCGGUAAAAGAUGUGUAGUAACAAAAUUUAUAUUAUCUAAGAUUAUAUUGUAGAAAUUUCAAACAAGCAAACGAAAAGAAAUAAAACG